GCUGUAACGGCUUUGGCGAUUUCAUCAUUGCAGGACAACCUGGCUACGACAAUUCCAAUCUUUGAACGUACCACAACUACAUCUACUACCUUGACAAUCAGCGUCACAGUCACAUCAUCAACCACAAGAACCAGUUCCAGCUUUACAGAGAGCUCCAUGACAACCACAUCGACCUGGACUAGUCUGACCACGACGACGGUGACAGUCACUGAAGAGGCUCCGGCCACUGUGGAAGGUUGCAUGACUUUGUCCGUGUCCGAUGCUGGAGUCUUUGCAGAAUCAUCCGAUGCGAAGGAAGCUAUCCGAGAGAUGGUUUCUCGAGUUGCAGCGGUAGAAGCGCAAUACGUGCAGGACAUUCGUACCUACGCCGGUGAGAGCUGCCCGGGUGCUCGUCGUUUAGAGCAGCGACGCUUGCAAGAAGCCAUGAGAUUUGACUACGUCAUUGCAUUCCCAGCAAGUCUGGGUGCGGAAGUGGCUGUGCAGGCUGCAGAAACCGCCCGUCAGGUGCUUCAAAGCGCAUCCGUUGAAGAGGUCACCCAGAUCUUAGUGGAGGAGGUUCAGAGCGUCCCAACCAUCGCGAAUGUUGCCGUUGCGGUGACAAGCAUCAGCGAGCCGACGGUCUCAGUCUCGGUGACGUUCCCGCCGAUCAGUGAUGCGCUGCCAACAGAUGACGACACCCUGGCGGUGGCAGCGGUUUCCCUCGGGCUCCUCUUUCCACUUAGUUUUUUCGUGUUCUACCGGAGAUGUCAGAAGAGACCCAAACCGGUGGACGACAGCAGUGAAAAAAUCAAGAUCUCGGUGGAGGACCUUGACACCAAACAAGAUCAAUCGGAUGACGAUGAUGACAAAUCCUUUACACCGGUGAUCACGGUGCCCAGAAAGAAGAAGAGACGGCUGAAGCCAGCGAAAAAUAAGGCACUGGCAAGUUUGACCAAUACGCAGGUCUUGAUUGAGCCGUCGCCUGCUCCGCCCGAAUUGGAGGCGAUAGCCAUCUCCUGGCUUGAAGAUGAGGGUGUCAUCGGCUUGGAUAGGACGAACCAAUCCUGGUUGGAGGAUGAGGGUGUGCUGUUUGACAGGCCUUCCAGUUCUGCAGUGCAUGUGACAGAGCAAUCCUGGUUGGAGGAUGAGGGCGUGCUCAUCGACAGGCCUUCCAGUUCUGCAGUGCAUGUGGCAGAACGAUCCUUUUUGGAGGAUGAGGGCGUGCUCAUGGACAGGCCUUCCAGUUCUGCAGUGCAUGUGGCAGAGCAAUCCUGGUUGGAGGAUGAGGGCGUGCUCAUGGACAGGCCUUCCAGUUCUGCAGUGCAUGUGGCAGAGCAAUCCUGGUUGGAGGAUGAGGGCGUGCUCAUGGACAGGCCUUCCAGUUCUGCAGUGCAUGUGGCAGAGCAAUCCUGGUUGGAGGAUGAGGGCGUGCUCAUGGACAGG